CCCGCGGAGGCAGGAAGCGCCGCGCUCCGCCGCCGAGCCCCGCCGAGCCCCGCCGAGCCGGAGGCCAGGCAGUGCAGACGGGCCCAGGGUCAGCAUGGCGGAUCCCAGCGAAGGCCCCCGCGCGGGGCCUGGGGAGGUGGCUGAGCCCCCCGGGGAUGAGAGUGGCACCCCUGGUGGGGAAGCUUUCCCCCUCUCUUCGCUGGCCAACCUGUUUGAGGGGGACGAUGGCUCCCCCUCGCCCUCACCAGCUGAUCCUGGGCGCCCUGCCGGCCCAGGUGAUGGGCGGCCAAACUUGCGCAUGAAGUUCCAGGGCGCCUUCCGCAAGGGGGUGCCCAACCCCAUCGACCUGCUGGAGUCUACCUUGUACGAGUCCUCAGUGGUACCUGGGCCUAAGAAGGCCCCCAUGGACUCCCUCUUUGACUAUGGCACCUAUCGUCACCACCCCAGUGACAACAAGCGGUGGAGGAAGAAGGUCAUAGAGAAGCAGCCACAGGGCCCCAAAGCUCCUGCGCCCCAGCCACCCCCCAUCCUCAAAGUCUUCAACCGGCCUAUCCUCUUUGACAUCGUGUCCCGGGGCUCCACUGCUGAUCUGGAUGGGCUGCUCCCCUUCCUGCUGACCCACAAGAAGCGACUGACUGACGAAGAGUUCCGGGAGCCGUCCACCGGGAAGACCUGCCUUCCAAAGGCCCUGCUGAAUCUGAGCAAUGGCCGCAACGACACCAUCCCCGUGCUCCUGGAUGUCGCGGAGCGCACGGGUAACACGCGCGAGUUCAUCAACUCGCCCUUCAGGGACAUCUACUACCGAGGUCAGACCGCCCUGCACAUUGCCAUUGAGCGACGCUGCAAACACUAUGUGGAGCUGCUUGUGACCCAGGGAGCUGAUGUCCACGCCCAGGCCAGGGGCCGCUUCUUCCAGCCCAAGGAUGAGGGAGGCUACUUCUACUUUGGUGAGCUGCCCCUGUCCCUGGCUGCCUGCACCAACCAGCCGCACAUCGUCAACUACCUGACUGAGAACCCGCACAAGAAGGCGGACAUGCGGCGGCAGGACUCCCGCGGCAACACGGUGCUGCACGCGCUGGUGGCCAUCGCCGACAACACGCGCGAGAACACCAAGUUCGUCACCAAGAUGUACGACCUGCUGCUGCUCAAAUGCGCUCGCCUCUUCCCCGACAGCAACCUAGAGGCUGUGCUCAAUAAUGAUGGUCUCUCGCCCCUCAUGAUGGCUGCCAAGACGGGCAAGAUUGGGGUCUUUCAGCACAUCAUUCGUCGGGAGGUGACGGACGAGGACACAAGGCACCUUUCCCGCAAGUUCAAGGACUGGGCCUAUGGGCCAGUGUAUUCCUCGCUCUAUGACCUCUCCUCCCUGGACACGUGUGGGGAGGAGGCCUCCGUGCUGGAGAUCCUGGUGUACAACAGCAAGAUCGAGAACCGCCAUGACAUGCUGGCUGUGGAACCCAUCAAUGAACUGCUUCGGGACAAGUGGCGCAAGUUUGGGGCUGUCUCCUUCUACAUCAACGUGGUCUCCUAUCUGUGCGCCAUGAUCAUCUUCACCCUCACCGCCUAUUACCAGCCGCUGGAGGGCGCUGUGAGUGACUGGGGUGUCCUGGGGCCUCGUGGGGCCUCUGUAGGAGGACCGAAGGGGGCUCACCAGCUGGAUACGGAGCAGUUUUGCCAACACCAGCUGUUGAAGAGGCUGUCAUUUCCCUGUUCCCUGGUGUCCCUCCUGAACCCAUGUGCCAACAUGAAGGUGUGCAGCGAGGACCAUACCAACUGCACGGUGCCCACGUACCCCUCGUGCCGUGACAGCGAGGCCUUCAGCGCCUUCCUCCUGGACCUGUUCAAGCUGACCAUUGGCAUGGGCGACCUGGAGAUGCUGAGCAGCACCAAGUACCCCGUGGUCUUCAUCAUCCUGCUCGUCACUUACAUCAUCCUCACCUUCGUUCUGCUCCUCAACAUGCUCAUCGCCCUCAUGGGGGAGACGGUGGGCCAGGUGUCCAAGGAGAGCAAGCACAUCUGGAAGCUGCAGUGGGCCACCACCAUCCUGGACAUCGAGCGCUCCUUCCCCGUAUUCCUGCGGAAGGCCUUCCGCUCCGGCGAGAUGGUGACCGUGGGCAAGAGCUCGGAUGGUACCCCGGACCGCCGGUGGUGCUUCAGAGUGGACGAGGUGAAUUGGUCUCACUGGAACCAGAACUUGGGCAUCAUUAACGAGGACCCAGGCAAGAGCGAGAACUACCAGUAUUACGGCUUCUCGCACACUGUGGGCCGCCUCCGCAGGGAUCGCUGGUCCUCAGUGGUGCCGCGCGUGGUGGAACUGAACAGGACCUUGAGCCCCGACGAGGUGGUGGUGCCACUGGGCAGCAUGGGCACCCCCAGCUGUGACGGCCACCAGCAGGGUUAUGCCCCCAAGUGGGGGACUGACGAUGCCCCCCUCUAGGGGCCGUGGGCAGGGGUAGGGGUCUCUGGACAGCAGCGACCCUCCCCUCCCCCCCACGCCCGUUUCUAGUCCGCCUGCAUUUCAGUGACGCCUCCCAGGGUGUUCCUCACACACUCCUUUGCUCCCCAGAGGUGAGGGCCCGGUGCAGAUGCUGGGGAGGCCCCAGGACCCUCUGCUCCCCAGGCUGGCACCCCCAGCUGUGCCUGCCCACCCUGGGUAGGAGGCUCCUGGCUGCCUGUCUUGCUCCCAUGGAGUCACUUAAGCCAACUCCAGGGCCUCUCUGCCCACGGGCGCUCAGACCCCCGCUUCUCCAUUAUUUAUUUGCUCUGCUCUCAGGAAAGCACUGUGACCCCUGCCCCCAGCUGGACCGCGGUAGAGGCCUCAGGACCCCACUCCAGGCGCACUGCUGGCCGAGGCCCGGCCCGGCCUGUGUCCUGGCUGCACACGUCACUGUGUUCAGCAGUAGUGUGGUGGCUUUGCUGAGGGACCGGGACCCUCAGGGUCGGGUCGAUGACCUCUGGGUGUUCUGCAGAGAAGGUGGGACUUGCCGGUGCUCAAUAAAUAUUCAUUCACUGAU